CUUCAACUGCAUUCAAUCAUGUCAACUGGGAUCCGAGUCGAAGAAUGCCCGCUAGCACACUCGUCUACCUUGUCACAAUCCCGUAGUGCUGACACCUUCAUAUGGUGGUCAGGACGUGGGUUGAUAGCUUGCUUCGCCUCAAGUGUCAUUGGUCCUAUCACUCCUCCGACUCUUCUCCGCUGGCUCGACAUGAUGGCCACUUACAGAUUUGACGAGAUGGUACUCAUGCAUGCGACAUUGCGGCGUAUUAGACCUGUGAUGUGGUCGCCGGAUGAAAAGGAGCAAGUUCUCCAUGAUGAACUGCUGAGACCAGGAGAUUAUGUCUGCCGCUUCCCAGCUAACGAUACACUACCGUUUAGUACCGCAAACCUUCCGUUCGAUUGCUCAUUCGGAAGCCAUUCACACAAGUUCUGGCAAGACCUCAAUGAAAAAGACGCCGAUAGAACACUCCUAGCACUGGACAUCAUCGAUGAUUCAUUGUACAGAGAGGCUUCGAAGUGUGACGGUGGCGAGUGCGCAUUCACAGGCCCCAGAAUUGGAAAUGUGCAUUGGAUAUUCCCUCCAUCCCUGAUCAGCACGAUGACUACACCUGCCGCGGAGAGGUUGUUUGUACUUCUCGAGGCGGACUUUCAGGAGUCCCACAACCUCUUGAACAUGGAAGACGACAUUUAUCAGCUGUGGCAUCAAAAUGCCUUCAGCGUCGACGUGGAUGACGACUACCGAAUUCGGAUCUUCGACAAGAAAGCUAUGAAUGCGGGUCUACCAUCCCAUCUCAAGCAUAUACCCGCAGGGGGUGCCUCGGACUUGUACUUCCAUGAGCACUUCCGGCAUACAUUGACUCUUCAUCUUUGCGGCGGCGACAUGGGAGAAAAUGUCGGGCACAUGGAUUACAAUCUCAAGGACAAUACCCUCACGGCAGCGGUUCGCAAAUGCUUGGAGGAGAAGAAACUCGAAGAGGGCGUGAAAGAGCUCAUUGUACGGGAUUACGAGGAGUAUGAGCUUGAAAAGCGGCUCAAAGCGGCAAAUGUUUGGAGUGAAGAUGAUGGCGAAACUGAGGAAGAUUGUGAGCCGGCUGAGUGAGCCGUGCGCCGGUCUCCAGGACAUGGCCGAGACAUAUCAGCUCAUGUAUAGUAUACGGCCACUGAUGUCCUUGAAUGCGACAAAAUACAUGCCAUAACUCGGAACCCUGCUCCUGACGAGUGAUCGUAUCACAGUUGCACUCUCAAGAUCUCAAGGAUAGACCUCGCUUGCCCGGCAAUACCGUACAAUUCAUUCAUCUCCCGAACAACCAGGUGGCAUCCAGUGAUUCCUUUGGGUAUGCUUUCCGUGUCGUUAUAAAGAUCCAACAAGGAUUGACCGCGCUGCAGGCGUACCGCAUUUCUUGACCGAAGAUG